UGCGAAUUGGCGCCAUAAUUCCAACAAGGACAUUUUGGGCAUACAACGAAAAAGCUCCUGGCUGCAUUGAACAAUAAUAAAGUCCCUGUAAAGUUAUUUUAUAUUUUGCUGUUUUUAUACAACCUCACGAAGAUAUUGUGAAAUGUUUAUUACGGACAUAAGAAAGGAAUUCUACGACGUUGUUGUCAACCAGGUAAGAACUUCUGACACUGAAUUUAGUUUCCUGCUAACUAACGCGUUAUCUAACAGCAGAGACGGGUGAAAAUAGGAAUACCACCGACUAUUUUUCAGUCAACUAACGUUAAUUAUUCGCCUGCUAUUUUUGCAAAAUAAAAUAAGACGUUAACGCUACUUUUACAAACUUCUGUGACUUUACUAUUGAUCUGUUCCUCCGUUACUUUUAGAGAGUUGCCCUCCUGGUGUCAUCUGAUAUCGAUGCACUCUGCGCCUGUAAGAUAUUACAGGUAAGUCAAGGGCCCUAUCUUUUGCUGUCAAAUAAGUUAACUGUUUUAAUUCAUAUGUUUUCUUACUGCCUCUUCCACCCCAAUCUACCCAGGCACUGUUUCACUGUGACCAGGUCCAGUACACCUUGGUGCCAGUGACAGGGUGGCAAGACCUUGGUACUGCCUUCCUAGAGCACAAGGAGCAGGUAAUGUGAGACCCCUGUCCAGAACUGAUAACCCGGGAACUCAUCUUAUGAUGUCUAACAUGACUAUCAAGACUCCAAACAUCCAUGAAGGUGUGUGUUAUUUGCUCUCAUUUCAGUUCCGCUAUUUUGUCCUGAUCAACUGUGGGGCCAAUGUUGAUCUCCUGGAGACCCUUCAGCCAGAGGAAGACUCCAUCUUCUUCAUCUGUGACACACACAGACCUGUGGACGUAGUCAAUGUCUACAAUGACACCCAGGUGAGCAGUCAGUGUCUGUCCUAAAUGACACCCUUUUCCCUACAUAGUGCAAAAGUAGCACGCUAUAUGGGGAAUAGGGUGCCAUUUUGGACAUAGUCAAUCAAUAUUUGUAAUUGAGUACACUGGUCCAUCACUAGCCCAGCUUCUAGACCAAUAUUGUAUUCUCUCUCUAGCCGUAUAAAACUAGCUCACCGUGCGACUUAUUUACGACCUUUGUCUGUGCCUGUUUGAUACUUUUCCCACGUCGGGGGGUAUAUCCGUGAGCGGUUCUGAUUCGGAAUGAGUCACUUGCAUCGCCGUGCUAUGCCCAGGAAAUAAUUAAAUCCAAUUGUUAGAUGCUACCGCCCCCCUCCAAAUCAAAACCAAAUAUGGAUGUCAGCGUUUGUGCGCACAUGCUCCGUUCUACUUCCUAUCUGCGUCGGCAUGGUGCCCGUAUUGCCAGGCUGAUUCUCUAGGACAAACAGGUGUGAAACACAGACAGGUGUGCGUGCAAAGCGAGAACACAACAUGGAAUCCAUGUUUGGUUUUGAUUUGGAGGUGAGUGGUAGCAUCUAACAAUUGGAUUUAAUAGUUUAUUGUGCACUGCUCGGUCAUGUAAGGGACAACAUUUUAAGAAGAACUGUCUACCAACUAUGGAUAUACAUUCCGACGUGGAACAUGUGCUGCUACAGUCAUGUGAUCGUGAGUUAUCUGGAACGCAUUCACUAUGCAAUACAAUUAUACCUUCUCUUAAGUUAAAUUAUUAAUAAAGAGGUCUGUUUGGGCUAGUCCUUCACAAGGGGUUGCUUCACUUUGGCAGCAGUUGGGUGACUUCAGAGGAGAAAAGUCCUUCAGGAUACUGCCCUUGAGAUGAUAACGAGCACAGAAGUUGCUGUCCAUAUGAAGAGCCAGCAUCAAUCAGUGUUCUAAACUCAAUCUCCCACAAUUCUCUCCCUAGGUGAAGCUGAUGAUAAAACAGGAUGAUGAUCUUGGAGUGCCCUCCUACGAUGACAUCUUCCGCGAUGAAGAGGUGGAAGGCGGCGAUGACUCUGGGAAAUGAAAGUGACGGAGGCUCUGAGCCUUCUGGGAAACGGAGGCGAUACGAUGAGGUAUGCUAUGCUGUAGAGCUGGGACGAUAAACCGAAAAUUAUCAACACCGACCACACCGAUCACUUACAGUGCCUUGCAAAAGUAUUCAUCCCCCUUGGUGUUUUUCCUAUUUUGUUGCAUUACAACCUGUAAUUUAAAUUGAUUUUUAUUUGGAUUUCAUGUAAUGGACAUAUACAAAAUUGUCCAAAUUGGUGAAGUGAAAUGAAAAAAACAACUUGUUUCAAGAAAUUCAAAACAAUAAAUAGAGGAAAAGUGGUGCGUGCAUUUGGUUUCACCCCCUUUGCUAUGAAGUCCCCUAAAUAAGAUCUGGUGCAACCAAUUACCUUCAGAAGUCACAUAAUUAGUUAAAUAAAGUCCACCUGUGUGCAAUCUAAGUGUCACAUGAUCUGUCACAUGAUCUCAGAAUAUAUACACCUGUUCUGAAAGGCCCCAGAGUCUGCAACACCACUAAGCAAGGGGCACCACCAAGCAAGCGGCACCAUGAAGACCAAGGAGCUCUCCAAACAGGUCAGGGACAAAGUUGUGGAGGAGUACAGUAUGAAAAAAAAAAUAUGUAUGCACUCGCUCUAGAUAAGAGCGUCUGCUAAAUGACUAAAAUGUGAAGUACAGAUCAGGGUUGGUUUAUUAAAAAAAAUCAGAAACUUUGAACAUCCCACAGAGCACCAUUUUUCAAUCCAUUAUUAAAAAAUGGAAAGAAUAUGGCACCACAACAAACCUGCCAAGAGAGGGCCGCCCACCAAAACUCACAGACCAGGCAAGGAUGACAUUAAUCAGAGAGAACAAAGAGACCAAAGAUAACCCUGAAGGAGCUGCAAAGCUCCACAGCGGAGAUUGGAGUAUCUGUCCAUAGGACCACUUUAAGCCGCACACUCCACAGAGCUGGGCUUUACGGAAGAGUGGCCAGAAAAAAGCCAUUGCUUAAAGAAAAAAUAAGCAUAUGAAAGAAGGUACUUUGGUCAGAUGAGACUAAAAUUGAGCUUUUUGGCCAUCAAGGGAAACGGUAUGUCUGGCGCAAACCCAACACCUCUCAUCACCCCGAGAACACCAUCCCCACAGUGAAGUAUGGUGGCGGCAGCAUCAUGCUGUGGGGAUGUUUCUCAUCGGCAGGGACUGGGAAACUGGUCAGAAUUGAAGGAAUGAUGGAUGGCGCUAAAUACAGGGAAAUUCUUGAGGGAAACCUGUUUCAGUCUUCCAGAGAUUUGAGAGUGGGACGGAGGUUCAGCUUCCAGCAGGACAAUGACCCUAAGCAUACUGCUAAAGCAACACUUGAGUGGUUUAAGGGGAAACAUUUAAAUGACUUGGAAUGGCCUAGUCAAGGCCCAGACCUCAAUCCAAUUGAGAAUCUGUGGUAUGACUUAAAGAUUGCUGUACAUCAGCGGAACCCAUCCAACUUGAAGGAGCUGGAGCAGUUUUGCAUUGAAGAAUGGGCAAAAAUCCCAUUGGCUAGAUGUGCGAAGCUUAUAGAGACAUAUCCCAAGAGACUUGCAGCUGUAAUUGCUGCAAAAGGUGGCUCUACAAAGUACUGACUUUGGGGGGUGAAUAGUUAUGCACGCUCAAGUUUUUUUUUUUUUUUUUUUUGGUCUUAUAAAUAUUUUGCAUCUUCAAAGUGUAAAUAUUGUUGUGUAAAUCAAAUUAUACAAACCCCAAAAAAAUCAAUUUUAAUUCCAGGUUGUAAGGCAACAAAAUAGGAAAAACAACCCAACCGAGCCGCACUGCUUCUUGACACAAUGCCCGCUUAACCCGGAAGCCAGCCGCACCAAUGUGUCGGAGGAAACACCGUAACAGUGUGCACUGUGCCUGGUCCGCCACAGGAGUCGCUAGUGCGCGAUGGGACAAGAACAUCCCUGCCGGCCAAACCCUCCCCUAACCUGGACGACGCUGGGCCAAUUGUGCGCAACCCCAUGGGUCUCCCGGUCGCAGCCGGCUGCGACAGAGCCUGGACUCGAACCAGGAUCUCUAGUGGCACAGGAUCUCUUAGACCACUGCACCACUCGGGAGGCCCUAAUGGGACAAUUGUUGACUACAACCAUUAAACUAGUAGUAGUUUGAAGGAUAAUAAAUUAAUAAAAUGGUGCACAUUAUUGUUAUAAACUUAUUGUUCUAUUUAUCGUUAUUGCAUCAAUUAAAUCCAUAUUGCGAUAAAUUGCCUUAUGUCCAUAUCGACCAGCUCUACUAUGCGGUAUUGAUGUCAUCCCACCUCUACUUAAACAACCCUUUUUCUGCUUCUUAUUAACGUUUAUUUUGCCCAGUGUAAUUUUAUUUGCAUAUGACAAUGUUGAUUUCCACAAAAAGUAGACGAAGCCGAUCGAGUUUGCAGUGAUGUAUUGUUAUUUAUACCAACAUGUUCCCAUGUUUUAGGGGGAAGUGGAGAGGAGGAUUGAGCGACAGAGAGCGACGAGAGAGUGGGAGGCAAGGAGGUGACGUUUCUCUAGGGUUGUAAAGCCCCCAUGCGGUCUUUGACAUUUUAUUUUUAAAUCAUCACUGUAUGGUUAAUAAAUCACUGUUUAUUUAAUGAAAAUGACUCCCUGAGUCUCCUUUGGCCCUUGAAAUGCUCUGUCUGAUCGAGUGGGCGUUAGCAAGCAAAUUUGAAGAUAUUUACAUACACAGGCCUGAUUGGCUGAUAGGAUAGUCUAGAGCCCACCGCCCUUACCCAGAUGAACAGUCAUUGGUCUAUUAUUAUCAGAUCACAUUGUCAUGAUGUGGGCCAAAAGUUCCAUCCCACCUGAACAGGCUGAAAUUCCAGGCAUUAUUUUCAAACUGCUCGUACACAAAAAGGGCAUUAUAAUUUUCACAAUUUCAGUGUUAUUUCAACCUCAGUGUGGCCUUUUUGUAAUUUUUUUACAGCAGGAAAAUAACCGCACUGCCCCUUUUCUUUAAAGGUUUAAACAGUCUUAUCACAUUGUGACUUUUGAAACGUUUCAUUUCAGACGUGAGAUCCUGUUUGACUAUGAGCAAUAUGAAUACCAUGGGACUUCGGUGAGUAUGGAUUAUAUAUUGAUUAUGUUGAAACUUGGUACAUACAUACAUACAUACAUACAUACAGUACUAGUCAAAAGUUUGGACACACCUACUCAUUCCAGGGGUUUUUCUUUAUUUUUACUAUUUCCUACACUAGAAAAUAGUGAAGACAUUUAGUCCCCUGUAGCUCAGUUGGUAGAGCAUGGCGCUUGCAGGGUUGUGAGUUCGUUUCCCACGGGGGGGCCAGUAUGAAAAUGUAUGCACUCACUAACUGUAAGUCGCUCUGGAUAAGAGCGUCUGCUAAAUGACUAAAAUGUAAAUGUAAAGACAUCAAUACUAUGAAAUAACACAUAUGGAAUCAUGUAGUAACCAAAAAAGUGUUAAACAAAUGAAAAUAUAUUUUAUAUUUGAGAUUCUUCAAAUAGCCAAACUUUGCUUUGAUGACAGCUUUGCACACGCUUGGCAUUCUCUCAACCAGCUUCAUGAGGUAAUCACCUGGAAUGCAUUUCAAUUAACAGGUGUGCCUUCUUAAAAGUUAAUUUGUGGAAUUUAUUUCCGUCUUAAUGCAUUUGAGCCAAUCAGUUGUGUUGUGACAAGGUAUGGGUGGUAUACAGAAGAUAGCCCUAUUUGGUAAAAGACCCAAGUCCAUAUUAUGGCAAGAACAGCUCAAAUAAGCAAAGAGAAACAACAGUCUGUCAUUACUUCAAGACAUGAAGGUCAGUCAAUACGAAACAUUUCAAGAACUUUUAAAGUUUCUUCAAGUGCAGUCGCAAAAACCAUGAAGCGCAAUGAUGAAACUGGCUCUCAUGAGGACUGCCACAGGAAUGGAAGACUCAGAGUUACCUCUGCUGCAGAGGAUAAAUUCAUUAGAGAAAUUGCAGCCCAAAUAAAUGCUUCCCAGAGUUCAAGUAACAGACACAUCUCAACAUCAACUGUUCAGAGGAGACUGUGAAUCAGGCCUUCAUGGUCGAAUUCCUGCAAAGAAACCACUACUAAAGGACACCAAUAAGAAGAAGAGACCUGCUUGGGCCAAGAAACACGAGCAAUGGACAUUAGACCUGUGGAAAUGUGUCUUUUGGUCUGGCGUCCAAAUUUGAGAUUUUUGGUUCAAACCGCCGUGUCUUUGUGAGACGCGGUCUGGGUGAACGGAUGAUCUCCGCAUGUGUAUUUCCCACCGUAAAGCAUGGACGAGGAGGUGUUAUGGUGUGGGGGUGCUUUGCUGAUGACACUGUCUGUAUUUUAUUUCGAAUUCAAGGCACACUUAACCAGCAUGGCUACCACAGCAUUCUGCAGCGAUACGCCAUCCCAUCUGGUUUGGGCUUAGUGGGACUAUCAUUUGUUUUUCAACAGGACAAUGACCCAAAACACACCUCCAGGCUGUGUAAGGGCUAUUUUACCAAGAAGGAGAGUGAUGGAGUGCUGCAUCAGAUGACCUGGCCUCCACAAUCCCCCGACCUCAACCCAAUAUGGUUUGGGAUGAGUCGGACAGCAGAGUGAAGUAAAAGCAGCCAACAAGUGCUCAGCAUAUGUGGGAACUCCUUCAAGACUGUUGGAAAUGUAUUCCAGGUGAAGCUGUUUGAGAGAAUACCAAGACUGUGCCAAGCUGUCAUCAAGGCAAAGGCUGGCUAUCUGAAGAAUCUCAAAUAUAAAAUAUAUUUUGAUUUGUUUAACACUUUUUUGGUUACUACAUGAUUCCAUAUGUGUUAUUUCAUAGUGAUGUCUUCACUAUUAUUCAACAAUUUAAAAAAUAGUAAAGAUAAAGAAAAACCCUUGAAUGAGCAGGAGACCAAACACCUUAGCCAAAUUCAUUUAAACUCAGUUGUUCACAAUCCCUGACAUUUAAUCCUAGUAAGAAUUCCCUGUCUUAGGUCAGUUUGGAUCACCACUUUAUUUUAACAAUGUGAAAUGUCAGAAUAAUAGUAGAGAGAGAUUUAUUUCAGCUUUUAUGUCUUUCAUCACAUUCCCAGUGGGUCAGAAGUUUACAUACACUCAAUUAGUAUUUGGUAGCAUUGCUUUUACAGUGUUUAACUUGGGUCAAACGUUUCGGGUAGCCUUCUACAAGCUUCCCACAAUAAGUUGGGUGCAUUUUGGCCCAUUCCUCCUGACAGAGCUGGUGUAACUGAGUCAGAUUUGUAGGCCUCCUUGCUCACACGCUUUUUCAGUUCUGCCUACACAUUUUCUAUAGGAUUGAGGUCAGGGCUUUGUGAUGGCCACUCCAAUACCUUGACUUUGUUGUCCUUAUGCUAUUUUGCCACAACUUUGGAAGUAUGCUUGGGGUCAUUGUCCAUUUGGAAGACCCAUUUGCCACCAAGCUUUAACUUCCUGACUGAUGUCUUCAGAUGUUGCUUCAAUAUAUCCACAUUUUCCUUCCUCAUGAUGCCAUCUAUUUUGUGAAGUGCACCAGUCCCUUCUGCAGCAAAGCACCCCCACAGCAUGAUGCUGCCACCCCCGUGCUUCACGCUUGGGAUGGUGUUCUUCGGCUUGCAAGUCCCCCCUUUUUCCUCCAAACAUAACGAUGGUCAUUAUGGCCAAACAGUCCUAUUUCUGUUUCAACAGACCAGAGUACAUUUCUCCAAAAAGUACGAUCUUUGUCCCCAUGUGCAGUUGCAAACCGUAGUCUGGCUUUUUUAUGGCGGUUUUGGAGCAGUGGCUUCUUCCUUGCUAGCAGCCUUUCAGGUUAUGUCGAUAUAGGACUCGUCUUACUGUGGAUAUAGAUACUUUUGUACCUGUUUCCUCUAGCAUCUUCACAGUGAGGAAUCAGCCCAGAACUACACGGGAGGAUCUUGUCAAUGAUCUCAAGGCAGCUGAGACCAUAGUCACCAAGAAAACAAUUGGUAACACACUACACCGUGAAGGACUGAAAUCCUGCAGCGCCCGCAAGGUCCCCCUUCUCAAGAAAGCACAAAUACAGGGCCGACUGAAGUUAGCCAAUGAACAUCUGAAUGAUUCAGAGGAGAAGUGUUGUGGUCAGAUGAGACCAAAAUCUAGCUAUUUUGCAUCAACUCAACUCGCCGUGUUUGGAGGAGGAGGAAUGCUGCCUAUGACCCCAAGAACACCAUCCCCACCGACAAACAUGGAGGUGGAAACAUUAUGCUUUGGGGGUGUUUUUCUGCUAAGGGGACAGGACAACUUCACCGCAUCAAAGGGACGAUGGACGGGGCCAUGUACCGUCAAUCUUGGGUGAGAACCUCCUUCCGUCAGCCAGGGCAUUGAAAAUGGGUCGUGGAUGGGUAUUCCAGCAUGACAAUGAUCCAAAACACACGGCCAAGGCAACAAAGGAGUGGCUCAAGAAGAAGCACAUUAAGGUCCUGGAGUGGCCUAGCCAGUCUCCAGACCUUGAUCCCAUAGAAAAUCUGUGGAAGGAGCUGAAGGUUCGAGUUGCCAAACGUCAGCCUUGAAACCUUAAUGACUUUGAGAAGAUCUGCAAAGAGGAGUGGGAUAAAAUCCAUCCUGAGAUGUGUGUAAACCUGGUGGCCAACUAUAAGAAACGUCUGACCUCUGUGAUUGCCAACAAGGGUUUUGCCACCAAGUACUAAGUCAUGUUUUGCAGAGGGGUCAAAUACUUAUUUCCCUCAUUAAAAUGCAAAUCAAUUUAUAACAUUUUUGACAUGUGUUUUUCUGGAUUUUUUUGUUUUUAUUCUGUCUCUCACUGUUCAAAUAAACCUAACAUUAAAAUGAUAGACUGAUCAUGUCUUUGUCAGUGGGCAAACGUACAAAAUCAGCAGGGGAUCAAAUACUUUUUUUCCCCUCACUGUACAUACAUACACACAUAUAUAUAUAUAUAUAUAUAUAUAUAUAUAUAUAUAUAUAUAUAUAUAUAUAUAUAUAUAUAUAUAUAUAUAUAUAUAUAUACUAAAAUUGUCAUGACAUUUUUACCAUCAUUUACCAGGCUGCAAUGGUGAUAUUUGACCUGGCUUGGGUGCUGACUAAGGACACUAAAGAUAUGCUGUGGUAAGUUAUAUGAUCAAGGUUUUUUGUAAAAUUAUAUCAAUAUAAUUAUUUAUUUGCAUGAGCAGACUAUGGCACUACAAUUAUGUUAACCGUUUAAUGUUGGACAGGUGGGCCAUCAUUGGGCUGACUGACCAGUGGGUUCAUGAUAAAAUCACUCAGUAAGAAUAUUUAUCUCCAACUCUCUUCUAUGACACUUCCAAUCUGAUGCAACAUCUAGGAUGCCUAGGAAGUUUUUGAAAAAUCCAAAGCUGGGUUGUGUUACACUAACACUAACCUCCUUGUAUUGUUCCUGUGCCUCCCAGUAUGAAGUAUGUAACAGACAUCGCUACUCUGCAGCGCCACGUCUCACGUCACAACCACCGGAACGAGGAUGAGGAGAAUUCUCUCUCCAUCGACUGCAUGAGGAUCUCCUUUGAGUACGAGUAUCCUUUACCUUCACUGGCCAAAGGACCAGGGGAGCUCAGACAUGUGCAUGACAACUAGUUGAGGCCUGAUUUUCUGAGACCUUUGGUUCAGCUAUUUUGUUGCUGUGGUAUUUUCUAGGGCUGUGACGAUACCAGUAUCGUUAGUAUCGUGGCAAGGAAAGAAAACACGAAGCGGAUUUAACUUCUUUAGGAUAACAUCCCUAAUGUUGGAAACAAACAUCAUUAUGUUGUCAUCCGAGUCACAUUUUAUUUAUUUUCCAAGGUAUAGCACACACUAUUUUACGUGCUGCAGGUUUUUGCCAUGGUUUUGCCACGAUACUAGCGAGUAUCGCAAUACUGGUAUCGUCCCGCCCCUAGUUUUUAAUUUAGGUCAGAAGUGUUUUAGUGUUAUUAGUAAGCUUUGCCACAUUCUUGUGGCUGUAUAUGCUGUCCUGCCUGUCACCCGCUCAUCCCUCUACUCUCUGUCAUACCUUUCUCUGUGUGUUAACCCCUUGACGCCCUGUCUCAGUCUGCGUCUGGCCCUGUACCAGCACUGGUCUCUGUUUGAGAGUAUCUGUAACUCCUCUUACACUUCCUGCAACUUCAAGCUCUGGUCCAUGCAUGGCCAGAAGAAACUCCAGGAGUUCCUCGCUGACAUGGGGUAUACUAUCCCCAAGUUAUGGCUGUCAAUUAGAAUAGGAUCUCCAUCAAAUGAUCUCGCAUUCUUGAAUACAAAUUACGAAUCAAUCAGUUACUGUAAAUUACAAUUAGUCAGUAGCCUCUGAAGGACAAAUGUCACUUCAUCAAAAGUGAUGGACAGCAGUUUGUCAUUUGAUUUGAUGAUAAUGGAUUGUUUGAAGGCAUCAUCAAAGAUGGUUUCUGUUUGUGUUGUCCAGCCUGCCCCUGAAGCAGGUGAAGCAGAAGUUCAACUCCAUGGACAUGUCAGUCAAAGAAAACCUGCGAGAAGUCAUAGAAGAAUCCUCCAACAAAUACGGGUAAGAGUGUUUGUGUAUUCUAGUGCAUCAAUAUAUCUGUUAAUAAUCCCCAUUAUUAAUCACUGUGGGUUCCUCCAUCUGACUCUGUAUAUGAUUAAUAAAAUAUGCCCCUCUCCUAAUAUGCCCAAUAGACUCUUGGCGGCAGUAAGAAAGCCAUCGCCAUCUGCGCCCAUUCAACAUAGCCUAGAUUCACAUUUUUAUUACUUCUAAAUAAAAUAUUUUUUUGGGGUCCUCAUACGCGUACAAUGAUCUUUUUAGGUUCUUGCUUGAACAGUCGCUAAGAUUAUAUUUGGUUGUGAUCUUUGCAAAAUAACUAUUUUUGAUGCAGCAGUUAUUAGCUAGAAUGCUAAUGCUCAUUGAUUUAUGUUGUAGCAAAAGCUAGCCAAAGAGGCAUUUUACUGGUUGAAGUAAAAAAAAAUUAUAAUGCAGUUGAUUUAUGAUGAUAACAUUAUAUUAAGCAGGACAUUCAUACGAGCCUUAAAAUCCAAUUAUAAUCCAAAAGUAGUGUGAAAUGCAUUCAUAAUUAACAUGUAAAUAGAGGCUUUUGCUGGCGUUCUAUAAGAACUCCCCCUUGUUCUGCCACUAACUUGCGCACAUCGCCCUCGUGCAGCAAUGUUUGUAAACACAGAAAGGGGUCUAUAGCCCUAAUUUAAUGCUGUUUUCUCUGUCCCUUCAGUAUGAAGGACAUCCGUAUCCAGACUUUCGGCGUUCACUUUGGCUUUAAGAACCGUUUCCUGGCCAGUGAUGUGGUGCACGCUGCUUCCGCCCUGCUGGAGAACACUGAGAAGGACGAGAGCCCCGGCGACAACUUCAUCAAGGCCCUCGACUGCCUCUCCAGGUACAUGCACGUACAUGCGCACACACACUCUCCAUAAGAAAAGCCUUUGACUGCCUGUCAUGGUGGAGGAGGAGUACUGCACAAUCCCAGAAAGCUGGGGGGUUCUUUUAUUCCUUGUUGAGAUCAUGAUACAAUGUAUAAUUAUUAACAGAGAGCACAGAAAGUAUUGGGACCUCACGGUGCUCUCCCCAUGUGUGUAUUCACUAGGAACCAAACAGGAUCAAACAUGAGAGGGACUAGGGUUGGGCGAUAUUACGAUAGUAUCGUCUAUCGAUGACGAUUGACGACCUCGUGAUGAGACAGACGAUGGUUUAGCCUAUUUGAACUUGACUAGCGCCGCGCAUCAGGCCUAAAGAACGAGUGUCGGACAGUGCAGCACACGAGUGACAUUCCGAGUAAUCUGCCUAUUCCUGUUUGCUAUAGCCUAUUUCAAUAAAUAGCCUAUGUUGUAUAGGGCAGCAGAACACAAGAGAGGAAUGUAGGUUAGACAGAAUUCCACCAAAGCAGCACAACAUGUCCAGUCAGAAAAUAUAGUUUUUCGAUCUGUCGGAUGCACGGACCUUAUAGCUUAAACUUGUCUAGCUGUUUAAAGAAAAACGUAGGCUAUAUUCCCUUGUCUCUCCAUUCAAUAUGACUCUGGGCAAGGCCAGGGGUUCUCAAACUUUUUUGGGCCGGGGACCACUUUUGUGAUAGCAAAUUCAUCAGGGACCCCCUAAUUUUUCAUAAUUGAUUCGAUUUAUAUAGCGCUUUUCUACCAACCUGAAGUACUCAAAGUGCUUUACUUGGUAGGGGGGAAUCUCACCUCAUCCACCACUAAUGUGCGGCACCCACCUGGGAAUGAGGGGGAUGAUUAGGUGGCCAUGAUGGAAUGAGGCCAGGUUGGGAAUUUAGCCAUGACACCGGGGUUAACACCCCUACUCUUACGAUAAGUGCCAUGGGAUUUUUUAUGGCCACAGAGAGUCAGAACACCCGUUUUAACGUCCCAUCUUAAAGACUGCAUCCUACGCAGGGCAAUGUCCCCUUCACUGCCCUGGGGCAUUGGAAUCGCCUUAGACCGAAGGGAAGAGUGCCCUCUACUGGCUCCUCCACCACUUCCAGCAGCAUCUGGUCUCCCAUCCAUUAUGAGUACAUAAUCAUGAUAAGACAAAGGUUGACAUCGCCCAACCCUAAGAGGGACCUAUUUGAAUUUGUCCAAUAGAAACACAUUUAGUUGCAGAACUUUUUCUGUUGCAACACGUUUUGCUAAGGUGUGCACUAAUGAAUACACCCCAGGUGAUGGAACGAUCCCACCCUGUUUUCUCUCCACUCUGUAGGAGUAACCUGGAGCGUCUCCAUGGUGGCAUUGACCUGGCUAAGAAGAAGCUGAUGGCCAUCCAACAGACUGUAGCCAGCUGCAUCUGCACCAACCUCAUACUGUCACAGGGACCCUUCCUCUACUGCUACCUCUUGGAGGUGUGUGUGUUAGUGUUGUACGGUAUACCGGUACUCACUGUAAUAUCACGGUACCAAAAUGUCAUGAUACUUAUGAUGCCAACAUUUUAGAAUACCGUAGUACCACUUCAUAUGAUAUUACCAAGUGUUUUGGCCCUACCGUUUAAGAACCCGAUGGCACCUGUUAUAAAAUGUUUAUAAAUUCUGUAAAACAAUUAAAUAAGCAACAGCAACUAGGCUCUUGUAUGCGCUGGUCCAAUAAUGUCCACUUCACUUUCAUUUGCAUAUCAUGUGGCAGCAGUAAUCAGCCAGCCGUAUCCCCUCCAGCCAUCACUCACCUGUUUCUCUCCGUACGCUCUUCCUGCGCAUCUAAUCCACCAUCAGUUUUUUAAAAUAUAAUUUAUGUGAUGACAAGGGGAAUGCAGUCCUGAAUGUUUUUUAUGUUUACAUUGGAGCAGCGCCUAAUGUAAGCCUAAUCUAUCAAAAAUCUAUUUCUGGUCCUUACAUUCUGUUUGGUGCCUAACGUUGUUAAUGUUGGGAGCAAUGUGUUUGUUGGAGAGAGAGUGGUGUGUGUUUGAGGGAGAGAGAGUUGGUGUGUGUUUGAGGGGAGAGAGAGUGGUGUGUGUUUGAGGGAGAGAGAGGGUGUGUGUUUGAGGGAGAGAGUGUGGGGUGUGUGUUUGAGGGAGAGAGAGGGUGUGUGUGUUUGAGGGAGAGAGAGUGGUGUGUGUUUGAGGGAGAGAGAGUGUGUGUGGUUUGAGGGGAGAGAGUGGUGUGUGGUUUGAGGGGAGCGAGUGGUGUGUUUGAGGAGAGAGAGUGGUGUGUUUUGAGGGAGAGAGGUGUGUGUGUUUGGGGGGUGUGUGUUGGGGAGCGGCGUGUGUGUGUUUGCGGAGGUGUGAGGCGAGGUGUGUGUGUCGUGUGUGGGGGGCGGGAGAGGUGUGUGUGUUUGUGUGUUGUUGCGGAGCGAGGGUGUGUGUGUUGUUUGAGGGAGCGCGAGUGUGUGUGUGUUUGAGGGGCGAGAGCGUGUGUGUGUUGGUUUGGGAUGAGGGCGAGGUGUGUGUGUGUGUUGAGGGAGCGCGAGGGGUGUGUGUUUAGGGGAGAGAGUGGUGUGUGUUUGGGGGAGAGAGUGUGUGUUUGAGGGAGAGAGAGUGUGUGUGUGUGUGUGUGUGUGUGUUAACUGAAGAGUAAAGGUUUCAUACAGUGUUUUCCCCUUACUGCCAUAAUGACAUGCAGAUUAUUAUGCAUGUCUAUUCCUUCCUCCCAUUCCUCCAGCCAAAUCACAGGUAGGCUUUUGCAAAUAUUAGCAAAUUAGCCAUUCUAUACAGUAUUCUAUUAUACAGUGUGAAGUUAAAUGUUGUAUUGAGUAGAAAUGUGAAUAUCAGUGACAGGUUUUUUGUGUAGCACAUGCACAUAACAUUUAGAAAACAGGAACAAGUGUUGUGGGACGGGGUGAACCGGACACUAGCCUCUCUGAAUUGGCCUGGUAUCGUGAUAUUUGGCCUGGUAUCGUAUCAUUUGUAAAAUGUUGGUAUUGUGACAACACUAGUGUGUGGUAUGUCCUCCCUAUAACCCUCCAUCUCUGUGCAGGGAACUCCUGAUGUGAAGCUGUUCUCCAAGCCCAUGGCCUUGACUCUGCUCUGCAAGUACCUGCUCAAAGCCUUUGUACGCUCUGUGAGUACCUCACUAUUUCACUUACCCAUUAUCCAAGGCCCUGUCUAGCUCUAUUGCCCCUGGUCUUCAAUUAGUUUCAAACAAAAAUGAGUGUUUAGAUGUUCGUUUAUGGUCUUUUGCAUCUCUCUUGCUUAUGUCUACCUAUGCCUGUUCGUAGACGAGGAAUAAGCGCUGUAAGCUGCUGCCCUUGAUCAUAGCUGCUCCCAUGGAUGUGGAGAAGGGAACUGUCAUCGUUCUGGGCAUCCCACCUGAGUCUGAGACAUCCGACAAGAAGAAGUGAGUUCAUAACGUGUCUGUGUGCAAGCACUUGAAUGUUCUUUGUGUUUUGGGGAAAAACUAAAACUCAUGCUAAUUUUAAUCUUCCUUUUGUUCUCGCUCUCUCUCCCUCUUAUUUCUUUGUCUCUCCCUCUCCAAUAGUUUCUUUGGCCGUGCAUUUGAGAAGGCAGCAGAGAGCACCAGCUCCAGAACUCUCCACGACCACUUCGACACCUCUAGUAAGUAAAAUAUUAUUGUAAUUGUAUAUGUUGGCCACAAGAGGGCAGACAUGACACAGUACAGAUGGACCCUGUUAGCAGUACAGUGGUUUCGUACACACGUUUCAAUACUUUAUUUGGAUCUCAUACAGGUGCUUUCUCAAGUCAUUGUUACAGCUUUAAUCAUUACAUCAUCAGCAGGUGUUCCAAAAAAAAAUCCCUCUCACCUGCUAACCAUAACAGCUAUUAUUUAUAUAUUAUAUGUAUUAUUUAUUAUUAUUAUAUUAUUAUUAUAACAGCUCAAAUUGAGCAAUACACACACACUCACACACUCAUCCUUACCUGUGUUUUGCAUUUGCAGUCAUUGAGCUAAAGAUGGAGGACAGGACUAAGUUUCUGGAUGCCCUCAUCACCCUGUUGUCCUAAGGAGUGGGCUAACUAAGACACACUGAUGUUUGGGUAAAGGUCCUGAAAUGUGAAAUGUAGAUGCUGGAAGAGACUGUAUGACAUUAGAACUAGGUUCAUGCCCAAUGUGAUGGAGAAUCUAUAUUUUGUGGUUUACCUCUUUUGGUCAAUGAAGAGUAUUUUCCAAUGUUGUCUUUUCAGCCCAGGACACUUUGUGAUGCCUAUAUGUAUAUUGUACAGUUUUUAAAAUGUUUUUUGUAAAUGUAUUGUUUGAGGGUUUUGGUGUUUUUAAUCUCAUAUACAUUUAUUUUUCUGUUGUCUUCGUUUCAUGUAACACAUUUAUUAAAUGAUAUUUUAUUGACGUAUAAUUAUUGAAGUUACCAUCUACUAAGAGAAGGAAGGAUACAUUUGAAACAUCGGUAGGAAUAAGGGUGUGUAAUGACAUUGAACUUUGGCACAGAAUGUCAUAUGGACCAUAGAAACCGUAUGAUGGCUUAACUAUCUCCCCUAGUAUACAAAUCUGGAGCAUAGGUUAACACACAGACCUUGGCCCGUAUAUAAAUACACUUUCAUGGAUGGAUGGGUGGGAUCCAUUCCUUUCCCUGGGCUAAUUGAGCCGCUUAUCUCUCAAAUCAUUAUGAGGUCAUGACCCACAGAGCAGAUGGUUCUGGGGGUUUCACAGGAAAGGCUGUUCUGCUCGCCACGGUGAAAGCGAAACGUGCCAGAAGGAGCAUCGCACUGACUGAGCUAGGGGGGGAAAGGGAUCCUCACCAUAGCAGAUGUGCUGUGUAUGUCAUGUUAUUUUAUUGCCUUGAGCACAAAUGUGGAUGUGUAACAAUG